AUGGAGGAGAAGCGGGCGCUCGCGGCCGCCAAGGAUGGGGACCUGGCCACACUGGAGCGGCUGCUGGAGGCGGGCGCCCUGGGCCCAGGCGUCACCGACGCUCUGGGGGCUGGCCUGGUGCACCACGCCACCCGGGCCGGCCACCUGGCCUGCGUCAAGUUCCUGGUGCAGCGGGCCCAGCUGCCCGGCAACCAGCGGGCCCAUAACGGGGCCACGCCGGUGCAUGACGCCGCUGCCACCGGCAGCCUGGCCGAGCUGUGCUGGCUGGUGCGCGAAGGCGGCUGCGGUCUGCAGGACCGAGACUCCUCGGGCGUCUCCCCGCUGCACCUGGCCGCCCGCUUCGGACACCCGGUGCUGGUGGAGUGGCUGCUGCGAGAGGGCCACGCAGCCACGCUGGAGACGCUGGAGGGGGCCUUGCCGCUGCACCACGCCGCCGUCAGCGGGGACCUGACCUGCCUGAAGCUCCUGACGGCCGCCCACGGCAGCGGCGUGAACCGGCGGACGCGCAGCGGCGCCUCCCCGCUCUACCUGGCCUGCCAGGAGGGCCACCUGCACCUGGCCCAGUUCCUGGUGAAGGACUGCGGCGCCGACGUGCACCUGCGCGCCCUCGACGGCAUGAGCGCCCUGCACGCCGCCGCUGCCCGCGGCCACUACUCGCUCGUCGUCUGGCUGGUCACCUUCACGGACAUCGGCCUGACAGCGCGGGAUAACGAGGGGGCCACCGUCCUCCACUUUGCCGCACGAGGUGGCCACACGCCCAUUCUAGACCGGCUCCUGCUGAUGGGCGCCCCCAUCAUGAGAGACUCCUGGGGUGGGACCCCUCUCCAUGACGCAGCGGAGAACGGGCAAAUGGAGUGCUGCCAGACCCUGCUCUCCCACCGCGUGGACCCCGCCCUGCAGGACGAGGACGGCUACACGGCCGCAGACCUGGCGGAGUACCACGGCCACCGCGACUGCGCCCAGUACCUCCGCGACAGCACCCGGCCGGUGCCACUCCUGAUGGCGCCCCCGCCGCCGCCGCCGUUCCCCCCUCCUCCGUUGUCGGCUGCAAGGCACACCCUGGAGGAUGGAAGAAGCGGGGGCCCAGGUCUCGGGGAUCCCACCGCGUCUCUCAGCCCAGCCUGGCCCGGCCAGCCUGCCCAGCCUCUUCCGAGGGAGCACACGACCCGCACAGCACCCCCGAGGGUCACCACCAGUGCCACAGCCGUCCCUAUGGGGACGGAGACGGCAGCGGGGGGCACCCCGGACAGCCUGGUCGCGCUGCAGCUGGACGGGCUGCCCUCGGGCGACCUCGACGGGCUGGUGCCCACGCGGGAUGAGCGCGGCCGGCCCAUCCCCGAGUGGAAGCGUCAGGUGAUGGUGCGGAAGCUGCGGGCUCGCCUGGGCGCAGCUCCAGCGCCAGAGGCCCAGGACAACGGCGGGAGCGCGGGCGCCACAGAGCAGGCGGCCUGGCGGUACUCGCAGACCCACCAGGCCAUCCUGGGCCCCUUCGGGGAGCUGCUGACCGAGGACGACCUGGUGUACCUGGAGAAGCAGAUCGCAGACCUGCAGCUGCGGCGCCGCUGCCAGGAGUACGAGAGCGAGCUGGGCCGGCUGGCGGCCGAGCUGCAGGCCCUGCUCCCCGCGCCCCUGGUCAGCAUCACCGUCAACAGCCAUUUCCUGCCCCGGGCGCCUGGGCUGGAGGGCGAGGAAGCCCCCGGCCCCGAGGUCGAGCCUGAGGGCUCCAUGGGGGCUUCGCAGGCCACACCCGGCACGCAGCCCCUGCCCUUCUGGUGCAGCCACGUCGCCCGGCUGGUGCGCAGCUUGUCCCUGCUGCUGAAGGGCGUGAACGGGCUGGUGCAGGGCGAGGAGAGGCCCCCACUGGAGGCCCACAGGGAGGCCCGCAGGGAGGCCCCAGCCAGCCUUCCGAGGAGCGAGGCCCAGCGCGAGAUCCAGGAGUGUGGGGUGUCGGUGCGGACACUUCGUGGCAACUUCGAGUCAGCCCCUGGCCGGCCCUGCACCCCAAGCCCUGGCCCCUGUGAGCUGGAUCCCCAGCCGGGACCGUGCCUGAGAGGCUGCUGGCCCGCCCCCUUGCAGCCCCGCGGCGGCCCUAUCGCAGGGGAGCCGGGGCCGGGCGACGCGGAGGAGGCCAGCGACUCGGGCAUCAGCUGCGAGGAGGCCCCAUCAGAGGCGGGGGCCGUGCCUGGCCCUGACCCGGCCAGCCUUCGCAAGGAGCGCAUCGUCAUGCUCUUCCUCAGCCACUGGAAGAAGUCGGCCUACACGCCGGCCCUGAAGACGGCGGCCUGCAGGACCCUGGAGGCCCGGCGCCUGGAGCCGCGGGGGCGGGAGGCGGCCGGGGGCCCUCGGCUGCCCUGCCCGCCGCCGCCCAGCGAGAGCCCGCGGCUGGGCCACCUGUGGCAGCAGCGCAGCAUCAUCACCCACCUGCUGGGCACCUGGAAGUCCAUCCUGGCCCACGUGCCCGCCCGGCAGCUGCGGCGGCUGAGCCGGCGGCCCCGCGGCCCCCUGUCCCCCGAGCAGUUCCUGCCCCACGUGGACGGGGCGCCCGUGCCCUACGGCAGCCUCACGCUGGACCUCUUCAUGCUGGGCUACUUCCAGCUCCUGGAGUGCGACCUGCCGGCCGAGGAGCGCAAGAUGCGCCACCUGCUCUGCUUCGAGGUCUUCGAGCACCUGGGCGCCCACGGCUGGGAGGCCGCGCGCGCCUUCCACAAGGCCGUGACGGACGAGGUGGCUGCCGGCCGCCGUGCCUGGACCGACGGCUUCGAGGACAUCAAAGCCCGCUUUUUUGGCUCCAGCCGCAGCACCCCCUGGGGCGCGGAGCCCGGCCGCAAGUCGGGCCUGACCCCGCUCCGGCCCCCGCCCCAUGCCGGCCCCAGCGGCAGCCCCGAGCCCGUGGCACAGAGGCUGGGGUCCCGCCCCCAGCGGGGCAGCUUCAACAGCGAGGACAUCUGUGGCUACAUCGACCGGAGCUUCGCCUUCUGGAAGGAGAAAGAAGCCGAGAUGUUCAGCUUCGGGGAGUGA